GACUCUUUUCUCCAAUUGCACACAAAAAUAUAACUUUAUAUGGGAACAAUAAUUUUACUAUUCUGAGAAAUAUGUUAACAUGUCAAAGUACCGAAUUUAUGCAAGAUCUUGUAACCACCUCUUUUACAUCUACUUCCAAUGACUUUGAAACUGACGAACUUAAGAGAUAUUUCAAAUACUGGUGGAAAACUGGUAAAAUACACUUAAAGGCUAAGUGGAAAUAG